GAAACGUCGACCAGGAAUGACAAUUUACGCCACGGCAAGUCGUCGAUUUCACGUUCACACUGGAUUGCAUUUAACAUGUUUAAUCAAAAUCCACGCAGAAAUUUGAGGCAAAGGAAAAAUGAAUCCAGUGAUGAGGAUGAGAAUGACAAGCUCGGCGGCGGUGAUGCCGGAAAGGAAACGGAGAAAGCAGACUCAAAAGCAGAUUUGGCGCGAGGAGGGAUUUCAAGUAGUUCAAAGACUCGCGAGUGUGACUGCAGUGACGCUGACGACGAGCCCUCAGUCACUGCGCUCCAGUCCAGAGACAUCAAACAGCAGCCAAAGAGCAAUACACUCGGCUUUCUUGACGAAAAAGACUCCACCGAGGAGAGUUUUUCAGUGAAACGUUCAGUCAACAGAGAGGUUGUGUUCCAAGCUCGGAAAAAAGAAGGUUGUCCUGCAUCGUUACCAAGCUUUCAAGUGAAGAAGAGUAAUGAGGAUGUCAGUGUGCGGUCUGACAGUGAUUCUGAUGGCUCUGCUGAAGACAUUCCUCCUGACAGCGAUGAUGGAAGCUCUUCUACCAUGUCAAGUUCAUCUGGGUCUUCAAAAGCACAAAAAGUCAUCAUUCCUGAUGCUAGAAAGAUUUGUGCUGCCAAAGAGAAAAGGAGACAAGCCAGAGCCCAGCAAGAUUACAUCUCGCUGGAUUCACCCCACACUCCUGGAAGCCUUCAGGAAGAAGGUCCGAGCAGCGGAGAACAAAACAGUGACAAUGAGCUGGACGAUCAUGAGCGCAGAAUCGAGUUUGCACCCAAACCCAAGACUCUGAGAGAGCGAAUGGCUGAGAAGAUGGGGAGUGAUAGUGAUGAGAGUUUUUCUGAUAGCCAGGAGGAGGAAGACCAGCAGAUGUGGGAAGAACAGCAGAUAGGAAAAGGAGUCAAAAGACACCAAAAGGAAUGGCAGGCUCCUAGACCAGCCCGACAGAAGAAAAUGGACAUCCCCGAAACACUUCCACCAGUCAGUAUUGAUGUCAUUAAGAAGAGAAUCAUUGCAAAAUUAGAUUCACUGAGGGAGGUGCACAGGGUGCGGGAGGCGGAGCUAAGGAGGAUGCAGCUGGAUAUGGAAAUGGCCAAGAGCUCAUUGGAGAGCCUCGAAAACUAUACCACAGAAGAGCAGCUCCGGUUCUACAGUACCAUGAAUGUGUUCUCACGGAACCUACUGGAAUGCCUGUCUAAGAAGAUGGCUUUAAUAAACUCAGUUGAGCUGGACAUGCACAGUCUCUAUUUUGACCAGGCAGAGGUGCUGUUGAGUCAGAGAAGAGAAGCACUACAAGAGGAGUCCUCACAGAUUCAGAAAUUAACCUAUAACACUGAUUCACACAGCAAUGGUGACACAACCGGAGGUUCUAACCCAAUUUGGCAGAGCUUGUCUGAAGAAGAAAUUGGGUGUGUACCGUGUGACUGGGAACCAACGGCUGAGCAGCAGGUGGAGCUACAAAGUAAAAGAGAUGAUCUACUAAAAAAGGCACAGGAAGUGUUUGCAGAUGUUCAAACAGACUUCUGGGACGUGAAGAAAAUCCUCUCCAGAUUUGAUGAGUGGCGCGUCUCCUUUCAAGACUCUUACAGUAAUGCCUAUAUUGGCCUGUGCAUCCCAAAACUCCUGGCACCUCUGAUUCGACACCAGCUGAUUGACUGGAAUCCUCUUCAGGCAGGUGAAGACUUUGAGGCGUUGCCGUGGUAUUCUGCUGUUGAGAGGUUCUGUCACGGUCAGGGUUAUGAGGAAUCGGAGAACAUGGAUAAGACUACUCUGCCAACCAUAAUUGAGAAGACAAUAGUUUCUAAAGUUCAAGUUCAGUUGCUUGGUAACAUGGCAUUAUGGGAUGGUUUGAUUCCUGAACAUAUUCUUAAACAGCUGAUGUUGGAGAAACUUCUCGGCCGUUACUUGAUGAUAACUGUGCUUAACGAAUCUGAUCCAAAACACACCAUCCAGAAAUGCAAAAAGAUUGCAGAUUGUUUUCCAAAAUCAUGGUUUAUUGAUCUGAAUACUGGAUCGUCACUACCUCAGCUGCAGAACUUCAGCAAACACCUUCUUCAGAUCGCUCAUGCCAUAUUUAAGGACAACAAUGACUCCAGCAGCACUCGGAAACUUCUAUCUGAUGUGCUGUUUGUUUUGAAGAACAUAAAGGCACAUGACAGUAUUAGGACUAUAACAGAAAAAUGUCAAUGUGAGGAUCUGUUAAAAGCUCUCCAGUAGCAGCCAUGUUGUGUCGACAGCAUGUUUUUGUAUGUUUUUAAGGUUCCAAGUCACUUUGAUAUAUGUAUGUAUA